AUGGCGGCUCCUGCUCUGUCCUGGUGUCUGUCCCUCCUUGUCCUCCUCUUGCCCCUGGCCAUCCCUCGGGCAUCUACAUCGGUGAACGAUGCUUCCAAGCUCACGUGCUUCUACAACUCGAGAGCCAAUAUCUCCUGCGCCUGGAGCUGGGAUGGGGGACUGCAGGUCACGACCUGCCAUAUCCGUGCCCAGCCGGAUAAAAGGCAGUGGAACGAAUCCUGUGAGCUGUUCCCAGUGAAGCCGGGAUCCUGGGCAUGUAACCUCAUCCUAGGACCCCCAGAUUCUCAGAAACUGACCAUAGUUGACGCCAUCAACUUGACCGUGAUGUGCCGCGAAGGGGAGAGGUGGAGGAUGAUGAUGACCCAGAAUUUCAAGCCCUUUGACAACAUUCGUCUGAUGUCCCCCCACUCCCUCCAAGUCGUCCACAUAGGGACCCACAGAUGCAACAUAACCUGGAAUGUCUCCCAGUUCUCCCACUACAUUCAAAGCAGUGUGGAGUUUGAGGCCCAGACAAGGUCCCCGGGCCACAGCUGGGAGGACACCCCACUGCUGAGCCUCAAGCAGAACCAGCAAUGGCUCUCUCUGGAGACGCUGGCUCCAGACACGCUGUAUGAGCUUCAGGUGCGGGCCAGGCCCCAGCUAGGCAACCACGAGGCUUGGAGCCCCUGGAGCCAGCCCCUGGUCUUCAGGACGAGGCCUGAAGCAACCAGGAAGAAGACCCCGCCGCCCCUUCCGUCGACGGGCCACAUCGUGUUGGGCCUCAGCUGCGCUUUUUGUUUCGCCGUCUUGGUUUACCUUCUGACCAGCUUUCGGUACAACGGGCCGUGGCUGAAGAAGGUUCUGAAGUGUCACAUCCCAGACCCCUCGGAGUUCUUUUCCCAGCUGAGCUCCGAGCAUGGAGGAGAUUUCCAGAAGUGGCUCUCCUCGCCCUUCCCUUCAUCCUCCUUCAGCCCCAGCGGCCCAGUGCCCGAGAUCUCCCCACUGGAGGUGCUGGACAGGGACGCCAAGGCCACGCAGCUGCUCCUUCUGCAGCAGCAGGACAAGGGCUCGCCAUCCUCAACCGAGACCAGCGGCCACUCGGUGACCAGCUGCUUCACCAACCAGGGCUACUUCUUCUUCCACCUCCCAGACGCCCUGGAGAUCGAGGCCUGCCAGGUGUACUUCGCCUACGACCCCUUCAUGGAGGAGCCCGAUCAGGGUGGGCCCGGGGUGCCAGAGGGGGCUCUCCUCCCACCCCUGCCGCCUCCGCCAGGGGAGGAGGAUGCCUACUGCACCUUCCCCCCUGGGGACGACCUGCUGCUCUUCUCCCCCAGUCUCCUCGGUGGCCCAGGCCCCCCGAACACUGCCCUGGGGGGCAUUGGGGCUGGUGAAGAGAGGCUGCCCCCCGCCCCGCAGGAGGGAGUCCCUGGAGACUGGGCCCCCCAGCCCCUGGGGCCUCCCCCGCUAGAAGCCCCUGACCUGGUGGAUUUGCAGUCACCCCCGGAGCAUGCGCUGGGAGAAGCAGGAGAGGAGGUGCCUGUCCCCAGCCCGAGGGAGGGGGCCAGCUUCCCCUGGGCCAGCUCUCCUGGGCAAAGCCAAGUCCGGGCCCCCACCUCCUGCCUGACCCUGAACACCGAUGCCUACCUGUCCCUCCAAGAGCUCCAGGAUCAGGACCCGGCUCACACAGUGUAG